AGAUAGCCGAGCUUGGGAGCUUAAGUCCCCGAAGAUGGUGCGUCCUGCGCAGCAGGGUUGCGCAUCGCUCCGCCCACUGGGUGGCAGUGACCAAUAGUAUGAGGGGUCUCGCGCGCGGCUGCUACGUCACUCCGGGGCCCGGGGAGUUUGGGCCUGGGCUAUGAACCAGUAGUUAGUUUCCUGGCCUCUGGAGUCUCGUCCUCCAUCGCUGACUUCAGAGAAUCUUUCAAGAGUUGGCUGGAAGCUGCAGCCCUUAUUAGAGGGGGGCGCCUCUCCAGCCCUCCGCGGUGGUUGACACACUACUCUGCUCCUGGAAUUGCGUUUCAGGCGACCUUGAGCGCAGAGGGACGCCCGGCCUGAAGUAGUUCCUGCCUGCAGGAACUUUGUGGGAAUUUUGGUAUAUGGAAAAUUGCUCUGUUCCAGCUGGUGUGAAUCCAGAGGUCUUAGUAUCAUACCAGGACCAAAAUAUUGUGUCAGCCAGCUGAGGACCCCCAGAAUCCCAUGGGUUUCUAAGUUAUUUUUGUCUAGACUCUUUGGAGUCUAGCUACUUUGAUGCCAUUUGAUACCUGCAGCCUAUAUGAAUAUUACUGCAUUUCCAUUUGUUCAGGAGCGCCAUGGCCCAUGUUUUCUUGAUUCCUGGGUUGACUCGUAGCACUGUGGGAGCCAUCUGCACGCAGGCUGCUUCGUGGAGAUUGAUAGCCAGCACUUGGCGGCACCUUACUCUAACCAGCAUAAUGAAAUCCAAAAGGAAGGCUGAUCACUUGGAGAGAACUGCAAGUGUCCUCCGACGGGAGGUCAUGGCUACAGCUAAGGUGUGUGAAAUUGCCCAGGAGUCUCCAUCAGUGAAGAGCCUCCGUUUGCUUGUCGCUGAUAAAGACUUCUCUUUUAAGGCUGGCCAGUGGGUUGAUUUCUUUAUCCCAGGAGUCUCCGUCGUUGGUGGGUUUUCAAUUUGCUCCAGUCCCCAACUGCUAGAACGAGAGAGAAUAAUAGAGUUGGCAGUGAAAUACACAGACCACCCUCCUGCUAUCUGGGUUCACAAGAAGUGCACACUUGACUCUGAAGUGGCGCUCAGAGUGGGUGGAGAGUUCUUCUUUGACCCUCAGCCCACAGAUGCCCCUCGAAACCUCGUGUUGAUUGCUGGAGGGGUUGGGAUUAACCCCCUGCUUUCCAUCCUGCGCCACUCAGCAGAUCUCCACCGAGACCAAGCAGGCAGAGGAAGAGGCUAUGAGAUAGGAGCAAUAAAGCUGUUCUACAGUGCCAAGAACACCAAUGAACUCCUGUUUAAGAAAAAUAUCCUCGAUUUAGUAAAUGAAUUUCCUGAGAAGAUUACAUGCAGUUUGCAUGUUACAAAACAGACGGCACAAAUCAGUGCAGAACUUAAACCAUUCAUCACAGAAGGAAGAAUAACGGAGAAGGAGAUACGACACCACGUUUCAGCAGAGACUCUGUUCUAUAUCUGUGGCCCGCCUCCAAUGACGGACUUUUUCUCUAAGCAACUGGAGAGCAGCCAUGUUCCCAAGGAACACAUUUGCUUUGAGAAGUGGUGGUAGGGAGCCGACCCAGACCUGAGAGCCACUCAGGAGAGUGAGACUGUUUAGGGUUUGUGGAUCUGCCUCCGCCUGAGCUAUCUUUUUUAAAGCUGUGAACUAAGUGACCAACCCAAGACUAAAAGAAAAACCAGCAACAGAUUUACACAAUAAACAUGCUGUCAACUCGUUAGUCAAGCUUUUCUUGACUAUCCUGAUUUUUUUCUUUCAUUAAUACCUAUUUAACCAUCUCAUGAUAGUUCAUUGUUAUGGAGUUUCUGACCCCUGGGAAAAGACCGUACACUCAGUCCAAUUAUAAUGAAAAGACUUAUUGAUUACCUACUAGCAGGAUGACAGUCUAUGAGCCAAGUUUGAGAUUGCCCUGAAGGAGGGGUAUUGGGAAGGGUUUAUUAAGGGCGAAAAGCACAUGAAGACUUUCAACAUCUACACAAGCAAGCAAAAUCUGGUCUGUUCUGUCAAGUGGUCAGUGUGACUCAAAACAAUCUGUGUAUCUAUCUGUAAACAAGUUACAGAAGCCAAAGCAGAAAGUAGUUAGUCGUCGUCACGAGUGGAGGGUCCCUGCUGUGUAUUUCUGAUUAGGGGUCACUGAAUCAAGGCUGUUUUCUGGGAACCUGUCUUUAUGGAGUUUUGAGUCUAAGGCAAGCAGUCAUUAGGUAUUAAGAUGGAGGUCUAGCACAAAAUGGUUUCUCUGGCUGACCUUUACACCAUGAACUGAUGAAUACAAAUUUUUCUUUGCCAUUAGGAAGAAAAAUGGUCUAUUUACGUUAAAGGAAAAUAUGAGUUUUGUGUUUAAAUUAUUGGACAGAGAUUCAUGAAUCUUGUGUUUGGUGAAUUUAUAAUUUUAAAUACAUUCUUAAUUUUAGUUUGAAAAGUUUUAAUAUUUAAUGUUAUUUUUUUGUUGUUGUUGUUGUUUUUUUGUUUUUACUUUGGAUGGCCUGUAGCCCCAUGUGAACCCCCAGUGUUGCAUCAGGAAAUGAAAACUCAUUAAGAAAACCGCUUUAGUAGGUUGAA